UGCAAGUAUUCUUCAAGAAAAAACAAAAUAAACCAAAUGGAGUUUUUCUUGUUUUCUGCGCGUGCUUCGUUCGUACCCUCUUUAAAUAUGUUUUUUAGAAAAUUUUUUGUUUAAAAUUUUAUAGUAUUCUACAGAAUGAACAAUUUCCAUAUAAUUUGAUAAAUUUUUUUUAUUUGGGAUGUUAACUUAAGAUGGACCAAGCCAAUAAAUAUGUGGCUUAUAUGUCCAUACAAUUUCACAUAAGUUACAAAAUAUAUUCGUUUCUAUGAAUUUUCCAAUAUGUUUUAUCUUUAAAUAACAAAAUAUUAGUCGCAAACAAGCCUUUUCUGGGUUUCUUUUUUGUUAAAAUUUCACAAUCUUCUUCUUUUUGUUCACUGAAAUUUACUUUUGUUUGAUCACGCAUUGAAAUACACACUUCUAAAUGACUUGGCAUCCCUGCUCAAAAUGUAUUAAAGUGCAAAUGUAUUCACCGGCUUCAAAUUUGUGUAAAUAAAUUUGGAAUAUGGAUUACUAUUACGAAUACGAAAAUUUAGAUAAUUCUGAAGAUAUUGGAGAAAUUGAUAUUAGCAGCGAAGAUUAUUAUGAGUAUUCUGGAUACCUUACCGCAGAGUCUUUUAAAGAUAUCUGCUACACUUGUGCAGUACCUUCUACUACUCAAAUUGGUCGAUACAUUAUAGUUGUUUUGAGCUGUAGUCUAAUGUAUCACUUACUACGAUCGUUAUUGGAAAAUGCGUGGCCGUCCAAGGAAAGCUUGCAUCAUUUAUCGUCAAUGGUUUGUGGAUUUGUUACUCUUUAUCUUUCAUUAUCCUAUGACUGGCUAAUCGUAUUACUUUUGUGCUUAUUGGCCUACACCUUGAUUUUGAUAAUCAGCUAUUAUAAGAGUCCACACGAGGGAAUGGGUGUUGCUAUCUUCACUAUAGCAAUACAGUUGGCGUGCGAAUAUUUUAUGAAACAUCUUGAAUGGCAGAAAGUUCGCGGUGUGCAGAUGGUGGCUACAAUGAAAACUAUUUCAUUUGCCUUUGAUUUUGGAGCUAAAGACACAGGAGAACGUUCGACUGUUAAAUUGCCCGACUUGCUGUCUUAUUUGGGCUAUGUAUUUUGUCCUACUACAUGUAUGCUUGGACCUUGGAUGCCGUAUAGUCUAUAUAAUCAGAAGCAACGUACAUCAUUAAAAAACUUGCAUUGGUUACUAUGGACAUUUACUAAUGUAACCUUAGCUGUGGUAUUUCUUAACUUAUCCAAUUGCUUUAUACCCUGGCUACGUUCCGACGAUCUUUUGUGGUUGCGAAUUUAUUUAGAUGCUUUGGCUGUGCGGUGCAGUCACUACUUUAUAAGCUUUCUGUCGCAGGCAACAGUAGUAGUGGGUGGUGUGCCUUCGCAGAAACCGGAUUAUUUAUUGGGUUAUAAAAUCACGCAACCGUUAAAUAUAGAAUUUCCACGUUCAUUGCAUUCUUUGGUUCGAUGCUGGAAUAUACCUAUGCAUCAAUGGCUGAAAAAGUAUAUGUUUCGAAAACUUCAAAUAGCUUACGGCAGUUACUUUGUCUCUUUGUUAUUCACUUACGUAAUCUCGGCCCUUUUACAUGGCUUCCAUGCUAAAGUACAUUUAGUUUUAUUAUCUCUAGCUGGUUUUACCUAUAUAGAGAACAGCCUACGAGCCACGUUAGCUCAUGUAUACGACAGCUGUCUAGAAGUUAAUGAUUGCAAUAGGAGAUGUACUUACACGCACUGUCCUCGCAGAAGAAAAUGGUCGUCCGAUACUUUGUUAGUACGCUUUAUAAAUUUGAUGUUUAGUAAUUUAGCUAUUUUAAAUUUGGCAUAUUUGGGCGUAAUGAUGUCCGACAACAGUAUAAGCAAUGAAAUCCAUAAAUACGAGGACCUAUGGAAAUGGCAUCGUUUAAAUUAUAUUGGCCAUUUUAUAAAUUUGAUUAUGUGGUAA